GAGAGACAAGAAUAGAGACUGGAUCUCUCUCUGAUCACAGCAUGGCUCAGCAGGACUUCCAGAAGCUCGGAGACAAACUCCUGUCGUACAGAGGAUACGUCUUUCCCAAGGCCAGUGUGUACAGUGUCACGCCACAGUACAUGGACAAUCUGGAGACGUUCCGGAUCAGAGAUGAUGAUGUGUUUGUCGUUACCUUUCCUAAAUCAGGUACGGUUUGGACUCAGUACAUUUUGACACUGCUGUUUGAGGAUGAGUUUCCAGAGUCAGUGGAUCAGAUGCUUUAUAAUCUUAUGCCAUGGCUGGAGUUUCCCCGGAAGGGCCAGGACUAUACCACUCACCGCUCCCCGCGGCUUUUCUGCUCUCACCUCCCUGAACGGCUGAUGCCCCGUGGCCUACGGGACAAAGGAAAGAUCAUUUAUGUGAUGAGGAAUCCCAAAGACAUCAUGGUGUCCUACUUCCACUUCACUCACUUCCUGACAAUUUUAGAGACUUCAGAGACGUACAACGAGAUGAUGGAGAAAUUCUUCAGUGGGCGGAUUGUCGGUGGCUGCUGGUUUGAUCACAUCAGAGGCUGGUACACCAACAAGGACAAAUACAACAUCCUGUUUCUCAGCUAUGAGGAGAUGAUCAGGACGUGUGUGAUGUUUCAGGACCUGAGAGGUGCCGUGGUACAGAUUUGUGGGUUUCUGGGGAAGAAUGUUUCGGAUGAUGUCAUUGACAGAGUGGUGGAGAAAACAAGCUUCAAGAACAUGAAGACAGACACCAGAAUCUUCAUACCUAAUACGAUUAAAGAUGCUGAAAAGGGCACCUUCUUCCGUAAGGGUACAGUGGGAGACUGGAAGAACUCUCUGACCGUGGCACAGAAUGAACACUUUGACCGUGUUUAUCAUGAACGAAUGAAAGACCUGCCGCUUGACUUUGUGUGGGACAUCACUGAUCUACACACAUAACACACUCUGAUCCUGAUUAAUACUGUUAUUAAUACUGCAAAUAAACUCCAUAUACUUUAAAUACCUGUCUGGUGAAUAUAGGCUGUAUGAAGUUUUUUUUUUUUUUUUUUAUUUAGUCCUGUCCAAUUCUUUUUCCCCGAUUUUCUCCCCAAUCUAGUCGUGGCCAAUUACUCCCCGUCACUAGGAGGCUCCCACACACAUCAAGGCUACUACAACCACUCAGUCGGGAGGACGAAAGCU